GGGAAAUGCAGUUCUCCCAGAAGUUAGCGGAUGUGACGUGUGGUUAUGUAACUGGUAGCUGGGUGUCGUCUGUAGUCUGCUUUUCCGUAGUUGGAUGAAUCAGGCGACGUCGGCAGUCCUUGGGAUAUGACUGUGCUUUUGUAGUAAAGAGCUAACUUUAGCUAGAACGUUAGUGGGUUGUCAGGUUUUUGCGGCUACAUUAUCUGAAAGAGCGAGAUUUAAGUGCCAACAUUUUCUGUGGAUAUUCUGGUGUUUUUGUUAGCCUUAAUUUUUAAGAUGGUAUUGAUAAUGUUAAUGUUUUUUGGUAAAUGAAGCUAACCUAACUUGUGCUAGAUGGCUAACUAGCGUGCCAUCAACUUGAGAUUGUCAUAACUCUGUGGGCCGUUACCUUACAAUUCAUAAGAGAGGGUAGCUAACUGGAGAAUUGCUAGCCUUUAAUGCUAGAUUAACCUGGUAGCAUAACAACACUGGGAAACCGAACGAAGUUAAACGGAGUAAGAUUUGCUAGGAUAGUGAAGCUAGCUAGUUAGAAUCUGUAAUAUGAAAAAGGUACAGUCUGAGACAUUGGGUUUUGUUCCUCAAAAAGACAUCGUAUACAACAAACUUCUACCGUACGGUGAUAGGUUAGAUGAUGAAUCAAAUGAUAUUUUGAGAAAAAUAAAAGGAAACUUGGCCCGAGCUGUUCAGCUCAGAGAGAUAUGGCCCGGUGUGCUGUUUUGGACAAGGAAACUUUCUACAUACAUGAGAUUGUAUGGACGCAAGUUCAGCAAAGAAGACCAUGUGCUGUUCAUCAAGUUACUCUAUGAGCUAGUGAUGAUACCCAGACUGGAGAUCAGCAUGAUCCAGGGCCUUGCUCGGCUUCUUAUCAACCUGCUCAAGAAAAGGGAGCUGCUGUCAAGGGAGGACCUCGAGUUGCCGUGGAGACCGCUAUAUGAGCUCUAUGACAAGAUUCUGUUUUCGAAGACAGAGCAUCUGGGCCUCAACUGGUUUCCCAACUCUGUGGAAAAUGUGUUGAAAACCCUUGUGAAAAGCUGCAGACCAUACUUUCCAGAGUCUGCUACUCAGGAGAUGCUGGAUGAGUGGAGACCACUGCUCUGUCCCUUCGAUGUCACCAUGCAAAGAGCAAUCAGCUACUUUGAGCUCUUUCUUCCCACAACUCUGCCUCCAGAGCUGCACCACAGGGGGUUCAAGUUGUGGUUCGAUGAGCUGAUCAGCUUAUGGGGGUCUGUACAAAAUCUCCCAAGCUGGGAAAUGCAUCUGGUGAGUCUGUUUGCUCGUUUGGGUAACGACAACAUUGGCUACAUUGACUGGGACCCUUAUAUCCCUAAGAUUUUCACAAGAAUUUUGAGGAGUUUGAAUCUCCCUGUCGGGACCGGUCAGAUGAUAGUACCGCGUUACGUCACCAAUGCCUAUGACAUCAGCCAUGUGGUGCUUUGGGUGUCAUCCCUCCUGGGAGGACCUAGCAAGCAAGCUCAAGCACAACUCAGUGGCCUUUUCAACAGCAUCACAUCCUUCUUCCACCCAUCAAACCAUGGCCGCUGGUUGAUGAAGCUUAUGAAGCUACUCCAGCGCCUCCCAGCUAGCGUGGUGCGGCGGCUGCACCGAGAGCGCUACAGAAAGCCCACAUGGCUAACACCAAUACCAGACAGUCACAAGCUCACAGAGGAGGAUAUCACAGACUUUGUGGAGAGUAUGAUGCAGCCAGUCCUGUUGGCCAUGUUCAGCAAGACAGGCAGUUUAGAUGCUGCCCAGGCCCUGCAAAAUCUGGCUCUAAUGAGGCCUGAGUUGGUUAUUCCCCCUGUACUGGAGAGAACAUAUCCUGCUCUGGAGACUCUAACAGAGCCCCACCAGCUGACAGCCACUCUGAGCUGCAUGAUUGGUGUGGCACGGAGCCUAGUUUCAGGUGGGGAGCGCUUUCCUGAGGGGCCCACUCACAUGUUGCCCCUGCUCAUGAGGGCUCUGCCAGGCGUCGACCCAAAUGACUUCAGCAAGUGCAUGAUUACAUUCCAAUUUAUUGCCACGUUUGUGACUCUUGUGCCUUUGGUGGACUGUUCAUCUGCCCUAUGUGAAAGAACGGACUUAACAGAGGUGGAAAGAGAAAUGUGCUCGGCCUCAGCUGAGUUUGAAGACUUUGUGCUGCAGUUCAUGGACAGAUGCUUUGCCCUGAUAGACAGCAGCACUCUGGAACAAACUCGGGAAGAAACAGAAACAGAGAAAAUGACUCAAUUGGAAAGUCUGGUAGAGCUCGGCCUGUCUUCCACCUUUAGCACCAUCCUGACACAGUGCUCCUUGGACAUAUUCAAGGUGGCUCUGGAAAAGUUGUUCAAUUUUGCAACCACCAACAUCUUUGAGACACGUGUGUCUGGUAGAAUGGUCGCUGAUAUGUGCAGAGCUACUUCCAAGUGUCACCCUGCAGAAUCACUCAAGAAGUUUGUGCCACACUGCUGCAAUGCCAUACACCAAAUCGCUGUCAAUGAGGAAGUGCUGAAUGAGGAGGAGCUUGACAAGGAGUUGUUGUGGAACCUCCAGCUACUGUCUGAGGUGACUCGAGUGGAUGGUGAGAAGAUCCUACCUUAUCGUUCUGACCUGGUCCAGAUUUUGCAGUUAACGCUCCACCUCAAGUGUAAGCAAGGCUAUAUGCUAGCCUGCAACCUGCUCCACCACAUUCUUCGUUCUUCUGCCCUCAUCUUCCCCACAGAGUACUGCAGUGUGCCAGGAGGGUUCCACCAACCAAUUGGUGACUACUUACCCAUCAAGGACUGGGGUCGACCUGGGGACCUGUGGAAUUUAGAUAUUCGGUGGCAUGUGCCCAGUGCCGAAGAGACUUCCUUUACUUUUUAUUUAUUGGACCUGAUCCUCCAGCCAGAACUUCAGCGCCUUCAAAGAUUUGCACAAGGAGAACAGGACAUGAGCAGAGAUGAUGUGCUACAGAGCCUGGCCAUCAUUCAACACUGCCUCCUAGGAGCUGGGUGCCUGAUGCCUGCACUUAAAGGAGAGCCCAUUCCUGAACUGGUCCAUAGCAUGGUGAGUCUAGAUGAGAUCACCCUCUAUACAGGGAUGGACUAUGAUGAGUCCAGAGAGAACUACAGAGAUACUAUUUGUUGUGUGAUGAGACAGCUGCUGCAUUAUAUCCUGGAGCACUCUGAGGAUGACACCAAGUCUCUUUUCUCCAUCAUCAAGAUUAUCAGCGACCUGUUGCAUUUCAGAGGUUCUCACAAACAGGAGUUUGACUCCCGCUGGAAGAGCUUCAACCUUGUGAAGAAAUCCAUGGAAAACAGACUUCAUGGCAGAAAGCAGCACAUCAGAGCUCUGCUAAUAGACAGAGUCAUGCUCCAGCAUGAGCUGCGAAAGCUGACAGCAGAAGGAUGUCGGUACAGGAGCAUUCACCGGGAGUUGAUGAGAGAUCUGUUGAGGCUUUCCACAAGUGCCUACAGUCAGGUACGCAGCAAAGCUCAAAAUGUGUUGUUCACUGCGCUGGGAACCUACAAUUUCUGCUGCAGAGAUUUGAUCCCCCAUGUCCUAGAGUUUCUCAACCCUGACAACAGCAGUUUCACACAGCAGCAGUUCAAAGGUGCUUUGUACUGUCUUCUUGGCAAUCACAGUGGAGUGUGCCUGGCCAAUCUGCACGACUGGGAGUGCAUUGCUCUUACGUGGCCCUCCAUUGUACGCUCUGGCCUCAGCUCAGCCAUGUCUCUGGAGAAGCCCUCUAUUGUGCGGCUCUUUGAUGACCUUGCAGACAAAAUCCAUCGCCAGUAUGAGACCAUCGGCAUCGACUUUUCUGUCCCUGGUGAGUGCUGUGCUGUGGCCAAACAACUUAUGAUUAGUGGAUGUCCUUUUCCUGAGGAGCCUGUUCCUUCAGAGGAAGAAACAGCAGAGGGCCUAAAGAGACAGGAGCUUAAGAACUCGGAGUCCGUUGAGAGAUACAGACAACUCAUUGCUGAUCUGCUGGACUGCCUCAGCAACAGGAACAUGCCUUGGAAGUUCGAACACAUUGCAAUUGGCUUCCUGUCACUGCUGCUGAGGGAUGACCACCAACUCCCACCAGCUGCUGUUACGUUCUUUGUCAGAAGUCUCAACCAUGACUCCCUCUAUGUCCGCAAGGUGGCAAUAUCAGCUGUAGCAGGAAUUAUGAAACAAAUAAAAAGACCACAUAAGAAAGUCCCCAUCAGUGCCUCUGAGCUUUGUAAAGUGAAGGAGCUAAGUGCUAUUGUAGCAGGGGACCGUCCAGACAAUCAGUGGCUCCAGUACGACAGCAGCAGCCUGCCACACACACAGCAGGACUGGGAUCGCUGUGUGUUUGUGGAAAAGACUCACUGGGGAUACUACUGUUGGCCAAGAAAACUGAUAACGUAUGCACCACUGGAGGAACAACCCAAACAGAACCUUACCAGAGAGGAAAUGACAGAGCGGGAGCAGAUCAUCUUUGACCAUUUUUCAGACCCAGUGUUCAUCAACCAGUUCAUCAUGUUUCUCUCUCUUGAGGACCGUAAGGGCAAGGACAAGUUUAGUCCUCGCAGGUUCUGUUUGUUCAAGGGAUUGUUUCGCCAUUUCUGCGAUGCCUUUCUGCCUGUUCUGCAGCCACACAUGGAGCGGCUAGUGGCCGAUACCCAUGAGAGCAAGCAGCGUUGUGUGGCAGAGAUUAUCUCUGGACUGAUCAGAGGCUGCAAGCAUUGGAGCUACUCAAAGGUUGAGAGCCUUUGGGGGCUUUUGUGUCCACUGCUCCGUACUGCCCUAUCAAAUAUCACAAUAGAAACUUACGCAGACUGGGGAACCUGCAUCGCCACAGCCUGUGAGAGCAGAGACCCACGGAAGCUUCACUGGCUGUUUGAGAUGUUAAUGGAGUCUCCAGUCAACGGAGAGGGGGGUUCCUUUGUCGAUGCCUGUCGUCUGUAUGUGCUGCAGGGAGGACUAGCUCAGCAGGAGUGGCGUGUUCCAGAGCUUCUCCACAGAUUACUGCAAUACCUGGAGCCCAAACUCACACAGGUUUACAAGAAUGUACGGGAACGGAUAGGCAGCGUCCUCACAUACAUCUUCAUGAUUGAUGUCAACUUGCCACACACCGAGCCAACCACCUCCCCACACAUCUCGGACUUCACAGAGCGAAUCCUGUUGCGGUUGAAGCCUCUAACCGAGGGUGAUGAGGAGAUCCAGAACCACGUGGUUGAAGAGAAUGAGGUGGGAGAGCAAGAUGAGAGGACACAGGCCAUAAAGCUACUCAAAACAGUGCUAAAGUGGCUGAUUGCAAGUGCUGGCCGCUCCUUCUCCACUGCUGUCUCAGAACAGCUACGGUUGCUUCCCCUGCUCUUCAAGAUUGCUCCAGUUGAGAAUGAUGACAGUUACGAUGAGCUGAAGAGGGAUGCAAAGACCUGUCUGUCUCUGAUGUCUCAGGGUCUCCUGUACCCAGAGCAGAUUCCUAUGGUCCUCAGUGUGCUUCAGGAGAUCGCUAGAAGCAGCUCCUGGCACGCUCGCUACACGGUGCUCACAUACCUCCAGGUUAUGGUUUUUUACAACCUGUUCACCUUCAUGAGUGACCAAAAAGCAGUGAAUGAUGUGCGAGCACUGGUGAUACAACUGCUGGAAGAUGAGCAGCUGGAGGUAAGAGAAAUGGCUGCCACUACACUCAGUGGCUUCCUUCAGUGCAACUUCCUGUCAAUGGAUUCCCCCAUGCAGGCACAUUUUGAGGCUCUCUGCAAGACUCGCUUACCUAAGAAGAGGAAGAGGGAGCUCGGUGCUGUAGUGGACACCAUACCCUCUGCCGACCUGGUGCGACGCCAUGCUGGCGUUCUUGGAUUGAGUGCUUGUAUCCUCUCCAGCCCAUAUGAUGUCCCGACCUGGAUGCCCCAGCUGUUGAUGGACUUAAGUGCUCACCUCAAUGACACACAACCUAUUGAAAUGACUGUGAAGAAAACUCUGUCAAACUUCCGACGGACCCACCAUGACAACUGGCAGCAACAUAAACAGCAGUUCACAGAUGAUCAGCUGCUGGUCCUCACUGACUUGCUAGUCUCCCCCUGUUACUAUGCCUAAAACCUGCACACAGAUAUUAGCCUGCAAUGGGGAGGAGGCUCCAGUUCUUGCCUGACAAAAAAUAAAAAACACAGCAUCACCCUAGAAAAAGAGCGGCACACAAAGCACCUGAUUUGUGGCACAAAGAAGAAUUAAAAAGUUAUGUAUUUAGCGCAUUUACAUUUCUACUAUACUUAAUAUUUAAGGAUAAAUCA